AUGGCUGUUUUGGUGAGAGUGUUAAAAUCGGAAAAUCCCCAAACUAUUGCAGAAAAACAAAUCAAGUUAUUUAAUCUUAUAACACAAAGAAGUUCUGUUAUAUUUUCUUUUACUUUGACUGAAAUAGUUUACUUAGUGGAGUUACAAAUUGAAGAAGAAACACUUAUAACAUAUGUCACUGAAAAUACACUAAAUAAACUAAAAGGGUGGUAUGAAAAGAAAAAAGAAAUUGAGACUCAUCCUAUUACACAAAACACUGAGGUUGGGUAUUCAACUCAACGUAUUCUAGGAGUUGCACGUUCGUUAGUUGGACCAAUUGGAUAUUUAGUUUUAAGCAAUAAAGGUUCUCAAACAAAGGUUGAAUUUAAACAAGAAAAUGAAAUUAAUGGUUAUUUUAUUAAACAGUACAUUGACCGUCUUCGUUUAACACAAACAAGACAUCACCAUCAAUGGGAUAUAGAUAAUGAAAUGAUAAAAUCUUUUUCUGAUGAAGAAAGAAAAGUGAUUAAAAUCAUUAUAAAUUCAAUCACAAAUAAAAAAUCCUAUAUUCAGUGGAGUAGAGAGAAUUUUACUCAAUUUAUUCCUUCGUUCAUUCAUUUGUUAAGGGGUUGUGGAUACUUAGGUAGUCUUGCUAUAAUAUGUGCUGAUGAACUUGUUUCAUUUUAUCAAAGUCGAAUUGACUCAACAAAUACAUUAUUAAAAGGAUUUGCUCCUUCUUCAUUUUGGUCAUCUCUAACAUCAAAAAUCUCUUUGUCAGAUGAAACUCAAAUUAUUUAUGAAUCAAUAUUUAAUAGUUUAAAUAUUCCUUAUGUAGAUCUUGCUGUUUUUGGUAAUUCAUCUGAUCUUCAAUUUGAAUUAUUAAACCAAUUUGAUUUUGUAUUUGUUGAUUCAUUACCAUUUAGUGAAAUUACUCUUGAAACUCCAGUUAUUAUGUUAAAUUCUCCUGAACCUAUUCCUGAAGGUUGUUCUCUUGAAGUAAUCUCGAUAACGAAAAAUAUUCACCACAAAUUACUUUUACCAUUAAGUGAAUCACAAUAUGAAAUGAUUAGAUGGAUUGCUUCGACAAUAAAUUUUUCAGGAAAAGAAAUUGUACUUAAACAAUUAAAAACUUUAAUUUAUUAUCCACAAUUCUCUCAAAUUAUACCAAACUCUCUUCUUUCUCCUAUAGAUGUAUUUUUACCUAUUUUUUGUUCUUUAUGUAAAACAAAAAGAGUUUGUAUCUUAUACCCUUCUUUCUCAGAUAUUUAUUAUGUCUUCAGUCAAUUUGAUAUUCCCAUUGUAUCCAAUAAAAUUCAUGACAUUCACAAUGUUAAUCAAUUCAAUUCAAAUCUUAUUCAAUACAUCAUCAUAUCAUUUGAUACUCCGCUUACUUUUUCAUUAAACUCUGUUGAUAUUGUAAUAUCUUUUGACCUUUCUGAUACAGCAACCGAGCAGUUCAUUAACAAUAAAUGUACCUCAUCAACUCCUUUAUAUUAUAUUCAUCUAACAUUAGAUCGUUCCCAAUUUUUGUAUUCAACAAUUAUGCCUAAUUACUCUUCUGAAUCUUACUUGAAUUUUCUACAGGAGUCAUCUGCUUUACCUCAACACAUUUAUUUGAAUCAAGACUUCGGUUCUUUUGUUAAUUCCUUUCAAAUGAAUUGCUGCACUUUCUCUUCUAAUACAGGAAUAUUUCAAACAUUAUUCCCUAAACUGGAAGACCUCAAUAAGAUCAUUCUAAUCAAUCAAUUCAAAGAAGAAAUUAAUAUAAGAACAUCAAAUAAUGUUGACCAAAUCAGACUUGAAAUUUCUCAACUCAAAGAGAAUAUCAGAGCUCAUAGCACAUUCUCUAAAAAUAUGGAAAAUUAUUUUUCUACUACCAUACAAGAAAAUACAACCACAAAGAAACCUUCGACACCAAAAGAAGUAAACACCAGUGAUGGUAAGAAACCAUUAGUAGCAAAAGGAGAAGAUACUACCACUAAGAAUCUUUCAGUUAUAAAAGAAGAUGCUAUUGUUAAAAAAACUUCAAUACCAGAAGAAGACACUACCAUAAAGAAUUUUUCAAUUCCAAGAGAAGAAAAUAGUGUUAAGAAACCUUCUCUGCCAAAAGAGCUAAAAACAAAUCAAGCUGGUGAUUUAAAACAAACUACUAAAAUAAAUAAAGAAGAUUCUCUAACACACCUUUCUCUUGAGGCUUCAGAAAUACAUCCUCAAGACAUUGAGACAGCUCAAGUAGAAAGCCUUAAACAAGUACCUAAAAAAAUAACAGAAGAAAUGAUAACAAAACAAGUCCAAUCCAUAUUUAAAAGUUUCAUGCAAGAAGGCCAAAAAAUUAAACCAACUGAAUUCCAUCUAACAUACUCUGGAUAUGCAAAACAACUCAUAGACUCUAUUCAAACUGUUGGUACAAACAGAAAUCGUAUUAUUGAAAAAUUCCCAGAAUUAAAAGUAUUUACUGAGAGUCAGAUUGAUCAGGCAAUAUCAUCUUACUUAAAUUGUAUUAAUACGUACCGAAAAGAGCUUGCUGAAACAAUUCAAUUUAUAAAUGCUAUUCAUCUUUUCUUAGAGAAAUUAAAUCGUGGAGUAUUGACAGAAUUCUCCAGAACAGAUGACCCAGGAUGGACAUACUCUUUAGAUUUAUUGCUCAUCAGGUCAAUUGCAACAAAGGGAUAUAAAAAAAUGUUUGAGUGUUUAUCAGAAAUACCAAUUUACGUUGGUCUAGAAAAAGCAGGAUUUUGUUCUCAAGAAAGCAAAAUAGAAGCAGUCAGACGAAGAGUACAACAUUUAAGAGCAUAUAUGAAAUGA